CUAUCAGAAGCUAAAAGCUAUAAUAAAAACGUGAUACAGUGUUUGUUGCCGGCAAAUCUAUUUUUAACCAUAAAGAAACUUUCUCAACUAAUCUGUAUUUCACUCAAGAUUAUCACUCGAAUAUCUAUUACAGACAUCAAGAAACAUUUUUCCACUGAUCAUCCAUCUAAGUCAGUUGGUUACGUUCGGAAAAUAGUAAAAAGGUUACAUUUUAUAAUAUCGCUCAAUGGCUUUGCUGGGCGUACAACUAAUUGCCAGUAUAGUUAUGGCAUCUAUACUGUCAAAGAUAAGCACUAGAUUUUCUUUUUGUCGCCUUCUUUUUGGAAAUAGGCUAAUAACCUAUCUUCCACCAACAAUGGAUGAACUUAAAAGCGCUGCAAACAUCCGCAGAGAACCAAAGCCGAAAGGUCAUCGUAAAAACCAUCAGAAGGAUGAAAACGAAGACUUUAACAUACCACGAAACGUCAAUAUAAGCCUAGAUUCAGCACCUGUUAGAAAUGAAUCGAUUAUGUCUUUAAAAUUUUCUUCUGAUCUUCAAUGGAUUCUAGAUUAUUGUGUUUGCUCUAUUGUUAUAUAUUUUCUAAUUGAAGUUUAUUAUAAACUACUCGGUAACAGAGUAGCUUCGGAAUUCAAUUUAAGCCUUGUUUGGAUAGGUUUAGGAGUUGCUUUUUCAUAUAAAGUUCUAUUUUCAUUAACUGCAAUCUACUUUAAGGUUCACGAUGGAGGAGAGAGAAUAACAUGUGUCAUGAAUGCAUUCUUUUCUUUAGUCAUAUCUAUGGCCGUACUAUUAGGCGAUGGAAAAGUGUUGGAGUUUGGAUUACAGAAGGCUUAUGCAAAUUUUUCUGGUGAAGUUGCUGAAUUCUUAAAAACAAAGGGCCUAGAUUCUUCUCCCCCAAGAAGUUACCUUACUUUGCAAAUAUUUUUGACCAUAUUUAGCGCUUUAAUUGGUGGAGCUUUAACUUUUCCAGGAUUGAGGUUGGCAAGAAUGUAUAAAUCAGCCUUAAAAUAUUCUUCUUCAAGUGUUAUCAUCUCGUUGGGUUUACACUUGAACAUGAUCAUUCCUGGUAUUGGUUUACUUGCCUGGGCCAGACCUAUAACUUCUGGACAACUAAAUUUAUGUGAAGAACAUAGAGAGUUAAUUAAAGCUUAUACGGUUAUUGCUUCGUGUGUCUUUAGAUUUCUACUGGCUCUACCAAUGUUUCAGGCAUACUUGAAUUUACCAGUUGAACAUGUUGAUUCAUUGAGGAAGCAAAGUGGCAAGAUAUCAGCAACAGAAUAUAGAGGAGUUGUUUCCAGGGUUUUCUCAUAUUUUGCAAUAGUCGCACUUCAGUAUUUUGCUCCCCUUUUGUUAUUGUUGCACAGUGGAAUCGGUCUUCGAUCAUUAACUGCUCUUCCUUCACCUCAGCUAAUGGGUGAAUUAUCAAAAGCAAUUCUCUCUUAUCUCACCUGGUGGACUAUGGGUUCUUGGUUUUUAACGUCUGCCAUAGGAACACUUUAUUUAUCCUAUUUCUCCGAUUAUUAGUUGUUGUUGAAUAAAUUAGCUGCCUUGGUUUUCCUUGUUGGGUUUGUGUUCAAGUUUCCCCCUUGUAUAAUUAUAAAACUUAGGCAAUGAUGUAAUUUUUACCAGUUAAUAAUUUUAAUAAUUUUUCAAUAAAUUUUACACGAAUAAUUAAAUAACUUGAAAAAAGUUGUAUAAACCAGUUAUAUAUGAAGCCGAUAACCAAAUGAUAUUUACCCGCACAGCCAAC